AUGGGCUUCUUUGUCAUGGCUUCCCUCGGGGAGAUGGCGGCGCUUCUACCCAUAAACAAAAGCUUUGGUGGCUAUCUUCGGAAUAUUGAUCCAGCCGUCGGGUUUGCUAUCGGAUGGAAGCACUUCUUCAAGAAUGAAGAGCUCAAUGGCCUUCAUCAAGGGCUCCAGGCUCUCCGCGCCAAGCUCUUCUACCAGCUGAGCAAUGUCUACAAGAGAAGACGAUAG